AUGAUAGUAGAACUAAUUAGAGACAAAAGGAAAAUUGUAGACAGAAUAACAAGAGAACAGAUUGACGAAUUUGUUGGACUUUUACAAAAGUCACAGAACUACAGAUUUCUAGACUUACUACAUGUACUGUGUGUUUGUGAUUCCGUUGCGAUUCCUAAUAACCAGUCUUACAUCGUCAAGAAAUGGUUACAAACUGAACAGGGCAGAGGAAUAUUUCUAACUGCAAGAGGCCAAGAUAUCAACAGACAGCCAAACAUUUUGUACAUUACGACCGAUAGUGGAGCAACGUGGAGAGCACUUCAUCAGUUUGUCGAUCCUUCUGACGAGGAGUAUGACAAAGAUCAACAUGAUUUCUUUAUCCAUCAGCUUGACCUUUAUAAAGCUCUCUGUUUUGGGAGAAACGAUUAUACAAUUAAUAUGCUGACCAAAGAACUGAGGUACCUGACAUGGGAAGAAACAUUUCUGUCACUGAGAUCAACAAUUUUACCUGAUGCUAUUAGAGCAAAAUAUUGUGAUCUUACAACAUGCAUGUUUGUUGAUACGGGUAACAACUAUUCAGUAUUAGACCAUCCAAACAUAUGUUUCAUAUACGAAUAUGUUGGAUCAAAAGACGAAGAGAAAAGCCAAGGAGAUUUUGUUGUCAAAGAGCUUGUUGCCAUUUUCCCCGUUUUAAGAGAUUGGAUUGCUGAUUUUCUUGAUCAGAAUAAAUGCAUGUUUGCGUGCGAUAUAGGCCAUAACAUGCUUAUUGAACAGGUUGUGCGUCUGCUAUAUCAUUUGGUAAAGUUUGGAUACUAUUUAGACGCUGAAGAUGUUAAAAACCUUUUGCCGCCAUUACUCAAUCUGUUGGAUGGAAGACACGAUUUUCCAUACCCGAGAGAAAAGGAUAAAGAAAAAAAGGAAAAAGAUUACACAAAAGAACAGAAAAAGUUGGUGACAAAAUAUCAAACUUCUGAACGCUGGGACAAAUCUCCAGAGACUGAAGCUAUUGUCAAUGCCAAAUACCAGGUAUUAGAAGUACUUGAUCUCCUUCUGACUUAUCAAAGAAACUCAAGACUUCAGAGUUUUGUCUCCAAGUUCAAAGCAGCUGAAGAAUCAGGUGGUCAAAGAAAUGUACAAGAAUCUAUGUUGCGAGAUUCAUUCAACCCUCAUGAUCAGUCGAAGAAGGCAUUGUCUUUGCAAAGAAAAAUAAACAAAGAACUGAGAGACAUGUUUAACCAGUCGGCCUUAUUUGAUAUGGAUUUUCUUACCAAAGUAUUAGUGGAUUUAUCAAUGUACAAGUACAACAAAAUGAUAACGAAAUCAUUAAACAUCUUAAACAAGCUGUAUUCAUCAAAGACAAACAUGUUCAAGCUUUCCACAAAAGCUCAGAUUUUACUAACGCAAGAUUCGUCGAGAGUGCACAGAGAGGUAUUGAAAAACAUGCCCAUCUUGAGACGAUUAGCCAGAACAAAACUAGACGAUCAACAAGUGAAAUUGAUGUGUUCUAUUCUGGACGAUUUAGCCGAAUUUUGUCACCUUCCAAUGACUCCUGAUGAACCACAUCCAAUGAAUCAGAAUAUCAUGAUAAGUAAUGAUAAACGUCUUUAUGAUAUGGAAUCUGAUUCUUCUUUGAAGCGAUAUCUUGACAUAUAA